AUGUCCACGUUCCUAGCAGCCUUUAUAUGCGCCUUAGUACUGGCCCUCAUCGUGAUUAUAUUCAUCGCAUAUUGGAUGUUUUACAAAGAGAGACACAAGUCUGAACGAUUCCAGUACGACAUUACCGAUAUACGACGGGCAAACAUGGAGAUCGCGUCUGAACAAGGCAAGACAAAGGAGGUAACAGCCGGGAUUUUCGUUCUCUCUAGAAAGCGACAUAAAGAAGACUACAGCUAUCGCAAAAGACCGGACUACCCCGAAGGUCCAGCGUCACCGGCGACUGACUUCAAAACAGACAAGCUGAUAGACAUCCUAAAUGACUCUUCACCGGGAGACCGUAAAUGUGUUGAAUUUGAUCUUGACCCUGAUGUGCCAUACCACAGUGACGUUUGA